AUGGCCCCCGUCCGCAACGCCCGUGUCGUCUUCAACGAAGUCCCCGCGCCCAACACAUUCCCUGAGCCCGGAAAGACGACUGUCUACGAUGAUUCCGAAACCAUAGACCCCGACACUGUCCCCCUCAAUGGCGGAUUCCUCGUCAAGGUCCUCGUCCUCAGCAUCGACCCGUAUAUGCGCGGCCGCAUGCGCGAGCCCCAUCUUAAACCGCGCAUAUAUGCGUCCUUCCGCACUCACAACACGUUUACCAACUUCGCCGUGGGACGCGUCCUCCGCUCCGAGCACUCUGCCGUCAAGGCGGGCGACCACAUCUACGGGCACAUGCCCUUCCAGGAGUACGCCGUCUUCGCAGACCCCGCCUACCUCGGCUCCGACGUCUUCCGCGUGCUCGAAAACAAGGAGUGCCUGCCUUGGAGCGCGUAUGUCGGCGUGUGUGGCAUGCCAGGCGCAACCGCGCACCACGCGUGGCACGAAUUCGCGCACGCGAAGCCCGGCGACACCGUCUUCGUCACCUCUGCCGCAGGCCCCGUCGGCUCGACGGUCGUGCAGCUCGCGAAAGCGGGCGGGCUCAAGGUGAUCGCGAGCGCGGGCUCGGACGAGAAGGUCGCCUUCGUGAAGUCGCUCGGCGCGGACGUCGCGUUCAACUACAAGACCGGCGACACGCGCGCCGUGCUCGCGCGCGAGGGCGGGAUCGACAUCUUUUGGGACAACGUCGGUGGGGAGACGCUCGAGGCGGCGCUGGACGCGGCGAAGCGCUUCGCGCGGUUCAUCGAAUGCGGGAUGAUCAGCGCGUACAACGCGGAGGGGUACGCGCCGAAGAACCUGACCCUCAUCGUCGGGAAGGAGAUCAGGCUGAGCGGGUUCAUCGUCGGGAGCCUGUACCACAAGUAUCGCGACCAGUUCUACAAGGAGAUCCCGGCACUGGUCGCCGCGGGCCAGAUCAAGUACACAGAGGACAAGUCCGUCGGGCUGGAGGCGGCGGGCGAGGCAAUCGUCGCUGUGCAGAAGGGCACGAACACGGGGAAGAAGGUGAUCGUCGUCGCGGACGAGUGA